AUGGCUCGGCGAGAGCCGCUGUUCAAGCCUUCGUUCUUCUGUGAAUGGGCGGCUGGUACAAGCAUCGACAGCGCCUUUGAUAGGGCGGAGAAGCGAGGCAAAGAGGCAAAGGGCGCCGCUGAACCUGAACCAGAACCCGAACCGGAGCCCGAACCUGCACCUGAAGUCGCACCCGAAGCCGAAGCUGGAGCAACCUCUGAAGACACUGGGCCCGGAACCGACACAACUGAAGAAAAUGCCCCUCCCAAGACCAAGUCGGUGAUGAGGCUCGAGGUCACCACCGACGAUGAGUCAGAUAUGGAUUGCGUUACCGUCAGCUAUCCCCGGAGACGAACUACCACUCAGAUCCCGAACCCCCUACUACGAGCGACUCUGAGUCGGCUGCAAGCACUAAGAAAGUUAGGUUCGAAACUCCGUUGA